AUGUCGUGGCUGAAAAAUAGCUACAUUUGGGUUGGUUGUGUAGGUAAGUUAUCAAAAUUACUUUGACAAAAAACUUUAUUUUUUCAGUGACCCUCCAGCUGCUGAUCUUUGCCGUUCUUCUGGCAGUUAGACCUUCUUUUGAGUCUCUCGUUCCACUGAUUGGAUAUUACACAAACCGGUCAUUAAAUGUGACAUGGAAUUCGUUAAUCUACAACAGUACCCUGUUAGGCAACGGAGGGUUAAAUUGGUCAGCAGUUUAUCGAUUCGACCAACAAUUGGAUCCAUUCUUGGCUGAUCUGAUGGAAACAGUUACAUUGACAUUCAAAGACCAUCGAGUUGAUUAUCAGAUGACGAGGCCAGUGAAUUCAAAUGUCUGUGAUGGUGUAGAUGCGGUGGUGUAUGUGAUGACCACACUGUCUCGACAGGCGACGGAACGACGUAACAUUGUGAGAAAUGCGCUUUUCAAUGAGGUAGGCUGCUGUUAUUCCUUAUUUCGGAGUCUAAAAGAAUGCAAUUUUUAAUAAUUUCCAUUUGCAAUUACAAUGCUUUUAGACUAAUCUCCCCAAAAAUUACACUAUUCUUCAUCGCUAUGUUGUUGCCAGAUUCCCAGCUGAAAAUGAUUAUCAGCAAAAUUUAAUCAAAGAAGUCAAGGAAUUUGAUGAUAUUAUCAUGAUGAAUAUUGAUGAUGAUUACCGCCGAAAUUACAUAAAAUGGCAUACAAUGCAUGCUUGGCAUAUGAGACACUGCCCUCGGGUCAAAAACUUUAUCAAAAUAGAUGAUGACGUCAUAAUUUAUUUGAAAAGAUUAUUUCAGUGGGUGGAUCGAGACUUUGGAGGGAUAGUUGAAGGGAAAGACAAGUACUUUGUGUGCGACCUUAUCAACAAAGGAAAGGUCUUCCGAGAUCUGGGAAAGCACAAAAAAGUGUAAGUCCUUCCGUCAUUUUUUGGACAAAAAUGACAUUUUUUGGAAUAAAAAUUUUUAUGAAAAAUUAAUUUUAGCUUUGUUACUUACGAACAAUUUCCUCAACGGUACUAUCCAAGCUACUGCAAUGGACCAGUCGUGAUAACAACCAACGAAACAAUCUCGGAAAUAAUGAAAAUUCAGGAGACCGUAAAUUACAUUACCGUGGAUGACGUUCUUUACACUGGAAUUGUCCGAGAUAAAGCUGGAAUAAGUUUGCUCAAAUUUGAUGGAAUCAACGGCCGAAACGCGGGAUGCUCGGCCGAUGGACUUCCAUUGUACACAUCAUGGCAUGGGAAGGGGAAAGGAGGUGCUCAGGGGGUGUUGAAUGUCUUGGAGGAGAUUAAAAAUGUGAAGUGCAAUAAGGAAUAG